AUGGUUCCUUCACUGCGGGCCCUGACAAUGCGCACUGGCGCUCUUCGGACUGUCAGUCGCUCACCCAUCCUGACUCGUACACCUCUGUCUCUUCCGAAGCGAUUUUUGGCGUCGGACGCAAAGCCGCAGGAAAUGACGGUCCGUGACGCUCUCAACUCGGCCAUGGAGGAGGAAAUGCACAGGGAUUCGAGUGUAUUUCUUUUGGGAGAAGAAGUGGCUCGUUACAAUGGUGCCUACAAGGUGACAAAGGGUCUUCUGGAUAAGUUUGGUGAGGACCGCGUUGUGGAUACGCCCAUCACGGAGGCUGGCUUCGCAGGUCUUGCUGUGGGUGCUGCAUUUGCGGGUCUUCGUCCAAUUUGCGAAUUCAUGACGUUCAACUUUGCUAUGCAGGCCAUUGACCAGAUCAUUAACUCUGCAGGCAAAACACACUACAUGUCAGCCGGUGGCGUUCAUUGCCCGGUCGUCUUUCGUGGACCUAACGGUGCGGCUGCGGCUUGGUAUGGUCAGAUCCCUGGUCUCAAGGUUGUAAGCCCGUAUAGCGCUGAGGAUGCUCGUGGCCUCCUCAAGGCUGCCAUUCGUGACCCUAACCCUGUCGUGGUGCUCGAGAAUGAGAUCUUGUAUGGUCAUUCUUUCCCUGUUUCAGAGGAGGUACUGUCAGAAGAUUUCUUACUGCCCAUUGGUAAGGCCAAAAUUGAGCGUUCUGGCAAAGAUAUCACGAUUGUUUCGCACUCGAUUGGUGUUGAUCACGCCCUCAAUGCUGCGAAGUUGCUCAAGGAGGAGGGUGUUGAGGCUGAAGUGAUUAACCUUCGUACGAUUCGUCCCCUUGACAUCGAGCCUGUCAUCGCUAGUGUGAAGAAGACGAACCGGCUUGUUACUGUUGAGGGCGGUUUCCCUGCAUUUGGUCUCGGCAGCGAGAUCUGCGCCCAAAUCAUGGAAUCGGAAGCCUUUGAUUACCUCGAUGCUCCUGUCGAGCGUGUUACGGGUGCUGACAUUCCUACGCCGUAUGCUACAAACUUGGAAAGCCUGUCUUUCCCUACCCCUGAGCUGGUUCAGAAAGUGGCUAAGCGCGCCCUCUACCGCACAUAA